GAUAUAAAACUUAUAAACAUUUUACAACAAAAGAAAGGUUUUGUAAGGAAUAUCGCGACAAUCGGCAUUCGGCAAGCACCUGCUAUUUCCGGUUGAUGUGUGUUAGAAGAAAACUAAUAAUAAUCUGAUAAUAAGGCGUCUGCUUAAUUGAUUCCCUUAUGACAGUUCUAAAUAUUUAUUUUUCCAUAAUUAAUGCAUGUUAAUUUUUACAUUUGUUUAAAUAUAAUAGUUAUAUACUUGUUCGGUGUCGAAUCAACAAUGAUCACAAAAGUGUUGAGGGCAAUUAUAAUGGGCCCACCAGGGUCUGGCAAGGGUACAAUCUCUACUCGCAUUAUCAAGGAUUUUAACAUGAAACAUCUAUCCAGCGGGGACUUACUGAGGGCCCAGAUUGUAAACAAAACAAGUGCUGGUAUGUCCGCAAAGCAGUUCAUUGACAAGGGUCAACUGGUACCAGACGAUGUCAUGGUCAAAUUAAUCAUAAAUGAAUUGAACAAGUUUAAGGGUGAAAGCUGGAUGUUGGAUGGAUUUCCUCGGACAGUGCCCCAGGCCAAAGCCCUAUACAAUGAGAAGCCAGUGGAUCUGGUAAUCAACCUCAACGUGCCCUUUGAAGUGAUCAUUGACAGAAUCAAGGGACGGUGGACACAUGCACCUAGUGGAAGGAUCUACCACACAGAGUUCAAUCCUCCAAAGGUUGUGGGGAAAGACGACGUGACAGGUGAGACGUUGACACAGCGUGACGAUGAUAAGGAGGAAACUGUCAAGAAGAGGCUACAGAUAUACCAGAACCAGACAGAGCCAGUUCUACAGUUUUAUAGGCAACAUGAAAUCCUGACGGAGUUCACCGGAAAAUAUUCCAAUGAAAUCUGGCCGAAGGUGUACGAGUUCUUGUCUACCAAGAGUGAACCAUUGCAGUACACUCAGUAUAGCUAAGGGACAAUAAGGCAGCAAUUUGUGAUAAUUUAUUUGAUUUUGAUAUGAUUAUACAUCCAAAUAAUUGAUAUUGAUUAGAUAAGUAUUUUUAUUGUAUUUUUUUUUUAUUGAUUUUGGGAUUUAGUAUUUAUGAUUGUCCAAUAUGCAGGUGAUUCAUAUUUUACAACCUAUACACUGUAACAAAUUAAUACAGAUUUAAAAGUGUUCAUUAAUCAAUCACUUCGCUUUUUGACAAAUGUCAAACAGAUAUUUUCUUACGUUGGUGCCAAAUUAACAUACAUUGUAGUCAAUGACGGGUUGUUAACUUGUAAUUAAUUACAUUUUUUUGUAGUUAUUUACAGGUUAUUGUUGUUGAAAACUGAUCAUCGCAGUUAAUGACAUGGUUGUUGUAAUGACCGAUAGGUUAUGGUAGAAUUUAUUAUAAUUAAUGACUGGGCGUUUUCAUCAAUGACAGGUUAUUGACAGGCUGUUGUAGUUGAUGUUAUUUUAUUGCAGUUAAUGACAGGUUGUUGUAGUUAAUUAUGGGUUAAUGUAGCUAAAGACAGAUUACAGUAGUUAAUGUAAGGUUAUUGUAGUUUAUGAUAGUCUCUUGCAAUCAAAUUAUUUAAAAAAUAAAAAAUAUAUAUAUUAAUUAGAAACAACACAAUCCAAAUGUACAUACAGGUAUUUUUAGGUUAUUGAAAGGUUUAAACCUGUCACCAGAUGACUGGGAUGUAUUUUUUAUACCAGUGUUGAUUACAUGUUAUUUGUACUUUUGAUUUUGCCUAAUUGGUUCCCCAUUUGUGAGGCAUCAUUGUUUUAAUUAUGUGAUGGCAUUACAGUUUAAAUUCAGCAAUAUUGAGUGUUCAAAAAGGGUUUACCUGCUAGUCCAGUGUUAUUUGUGAAGGAGGGAUUGAUGUACUAUUUAUUCAAUACAUCGGUGGUAACGGGUACAUGCAGCUACAAGUGCUAUGGUGCAUAUUUGCUUUAUGGGAAGUUGGCUUACCAUACUAGAAUUCAAAACUAGUUAUAGUUGCAAAUCAUUUGGUGAACUUUUUGAUAAACUUUUUAUUUUAUGUAAAUUUUCUUAAAUUAUUAAAUUGCUACGCCACUGUUAGACCCGACCCAAUACUUUUCUGUGAUUUUGACAAACUGUACAUCUUGAAUUUUAGGGAUAUAGGGGGAAGUAAUGCUUCCUGAUUAAUUAUCUAUUAGGUGUACUGACAGAAGGAAGUGCUGGGUCUAGAAGGGAUCAAGUGACAUCUAGAUACGUGUAUGUGUGUAUUUUCAAAUGGUUGAAGAAAUGGUUAAUAUGGUAAUGCAGGGUUUUUAUUGUUGAGGUUACCAAUGUGUAAGAAAAUGAGAAUUUAAUGUUAAAUUAAAUCUGAUGAAGAUCAGCAGUAUCAAGUUUUCUUUUUAUUUACCCUUGUCCAUUAAUGAUUAAAUUAACAACCUUGUCGAAAACUGUAUGGUUCGAAAUCUGUUAUUUUUCUCUAAAGUACCUCUAAAGGCACGAAGACCAAACACAGUGACCAAUAACUGAUUUUAGCAUAUUGGGGUGAAGUUCUGUUUCCUUAAGGAACAAUUACAAAAAUGUAGAUCCAUUCACAUUUUAAUUAGGCCUAAUAUAGGUCUUUCACAUAUCAAUGUACAUUUGUUUAUGCUUUUAUGAAGAAUUAAUAUAAAUGGAAGCAAAACCAGAAUCUCGUUGUUACAACUCUAAGAAAAUGUAGGAAACUGGUCGGAAUGUUGUGCAGCAAAUGAGAGGUUCAUUUGUGUCUGUUAUAUAAGUAUGUAUGAUUAAAAGUAUUUGAUGAAUCAACAAUUACAAUGCUUCUUAAUAAAGAAAUAAACAAGAGGCCCAUGGGCCUUAACGGUCA